ACUCGGGGUUCUAUGUUUAAACUGCAUGGUUGACCGAAUCAGGUAUCCGUAAGAAGUCGGUUAAAUGUUUUCAUCCAGGCCUCAUACUGUUGGUCAGCCGCAUUAUCACACCGCAACAGGCAGGCGUUGUCGGGCUGGUCCGGUGACGCUGCUGAGCGCUGGUACGUUCUAGACGCUCUAUUUUUUAUACCAUUUGGGAGUGACGUAGCGCGUGCAGCUUAGCCUAGCUCGCGGGCCAAGCCGAGGUAGCCGUCCCCCCUGUUUCCCCCCGGAGAGGGCUGAACAGUUCACCGCUGAAGCAUAUCGGUACACUGCGGACAUAUUGUGCCGAGGCGGGGAAGAGGAAGGCCGAAGGCGGAGGCUGUCUGUGCCGCUGUCACGAAGAGAGGGAGGGGACGCAUACCAGAGACACCGCUGUCUGAACCGAUUCAUUGUUGAACCGAAGUGGUGGACCCGGGCUGCACUGCACAUAAAUUACCCGAAAGACACCGACGGUGAGUAGUACAAAGCGUUGGCUGACCGUUAAAAGUUCUGGGUACAGCAGGCUGUAGACGGGCUACUGUUGUUUAUCAUUGCUUUAUAACUUUACCAAAUGAGGGAACAGAGUGUCAGCAUACAAACAAAACAACAUGUUAGUUAAAUCCCCUACCUCUUAAUGUUUAAACCCUCUUGAAAAGGGACAACACCUGUGCACGCGAUUGCGUAGGCCCACUGUCAUGUCAGGAGCAGUUGUUAGAAGCCAUGACUCUAGAAAUAACAUUGUAAUUAUACUGUGAGCGCAUGGCAGCUCCCGAGGGGCCUUGGAAAGUUAACUUCAGUUAUUUUACUCCUGUUUGGAAGUCCCCCCUCAGUCCUCGAUCUGUUGGAGUCCACUAAUGGGAGUGGCAUGAUGAUAAAGCAUGCUGAGUUCAGACAGAAAGGUAUGCUGUGCGAUGUUGUCAUUUCUUUGAAAUUGCCAAACAUUUAAUUUAUUUUCUAUCAGUCAGCAACAUACACAUAACGUUGAAACAUCUUAGUAACAUUGUAACGCGACAUCCUACACAUCACAGAAACAAUUUCGGUCUGUCUGCCACACCAUUAUGUAGAGUUAUUGAUUCAACCGAACUUAUUUAUUCAAUUCUUUGGAUUGGAAAGAUCGGUAUGUCAGUUCAUGACAUCAGUUUGAUCGACAUACAUAGGGUUCAUUAAAAAAAGAUCAAUCAAACGAGAAUAAAAAAAUGGGUUAAAACUGAUCAUCAAAGUAAACCAUUAUUAACUGUAACCAUGAAUUUACAUGCUCUUAAGUUUAAGGAACAUUGUUAUGAUAAGAAAUAUUUACAUGACAACCACCACAACUGGGUCAGAAUUGGACAACUACAUUUUUGGUUUGUUUUUGAAUAAUAUUACCUAAUGGACUCUGAUUCUAAAUCAUUAUGGCAGUCAAAAAUUCAUUAACCACAGAGACUUAUUCCUAAAACUCAUUUACAAGUGAUGGAAAUCCUUCCUCAGAGCCAACUACAUACUUGCUGAAUAUUUAACUACUACAGUAAAGUUAUGCUUAUACUUAUUUUCUGACAUCAUAGUUGACUAAGGAUUUCCAGUCAGUCUGGUCUUGAACAGGUUAUUGUUGAGGGAGUUUUGACAAAAAUAGCCAGACUUUUUUUUUCUUAGUAUUUUGGAGAUUUUUCUCGGCAAAAUCCAAGUGCACCUGCCAAACACUUGUUUUCAGAGACUCUAAAAAUAUGGCAAACUUGCUCUUUGCUCAAGAUCAAGCUGUUCACUAGAUGAUUACACUAUUUAAGCAUUGUCACAGUCAUGCUGCCCUUACAGUCAGACUUGUGGUGGGUGAAGAGAUGCCAUCAAGUUUUUUUUUUACUGCAGCACUCACUCAACCUGGAGAAAAGAUCAGAAAGUCCAAAUUAAUAAAAACAGGUAUUUGUGAUUGAGAAGAUUCUAGAAACACUGAAGGACUAAUAACUCAUUCUUGCAAAUAAGAUUUCCUUCUUUGGUCAUUUUAAAGUCCCUGCUGUACUCUAGCAUCUGACUGCAUUUAAUAAAUAAUGAUAUUUGAUUUUUUCCUCAACCUUAUUUGGAGAUCAGGAAAUACCAUUGAUACCAAAAAGAUUCCUGAGCUCUCCUCAUCAGACUUUGAUCUGAUUUAUGUGUGAUAUCAUUGUCCAAUCAAUUCUGAGUAUACUGUGAACUCAUAAGGAAACAAUGUCUUUCAGGGACGGUGUGAAAAGUGCCUGGAGGCAACAUGGUGGAUUAUUAUAAAGUCCUGGGGGUGCCAAAAACUGCCUCUCAGGAUGACAUAAAGAAGGCGUGAGUAUUUUGUCAACACAAAUAACCUAACUGUAAAUCUAUAUUUAAACAUGAUUUAUUUAAAAACACAAUUUCUCUUUUUACGAAAUAACUUCAGGCACAGAUUGAAGCUGAAGAAGCACCACUGAGAAAAACUCUCAAAAGAUCUGUUAGUGGUUUAUUUUUAGGGGGUUUACCCUUUAAAUAUCCUAUGACCUUUGCAUUAGUACAGGCCUUUGUCCUUUUGUGUGUAUUUGUCUAUGUUUGUGAACUAGAGUCUGUUUGCUUCUAGGUACAGGAAACUUGCACUAAAAUGGCAUCCAGACAAAAAUCCAGACAACAAGGAGGAAGCAGAGAAAAAGUUCAAAGAAGUUGCUGAGGCCUAUGAAGUCUUAUCUGACAGUAAGUCUGGGAAAUGUGUCUUUAUAUUUAUAUUUGUGUGUGCUUGUCAGACUGUGAGAUGGCUGUUGGUAGUAAAGUAGCCAUAGACUGUGUAAGUAUGGAAAACGGUUAUCUUCUGUGUGUUUAAUUUUUAAAGUUUGGCCACAGCUCCAUUCAUUUUGCUGGAGGAUGCAGGAUUUAUGACCUUUACUGCAGCCUGUCACCAGGGGGUGCUGUUCUCACAGAGGCUUCACUCAGCAGAAGACGUCCAUACAGUCCUUGACAGUAGUGAAAUGUGUGGCUUUUUUUACCUGUUUGUAUUUUAUGCUAACACUAUGCUGUGCUCUUCUGUUGCAGAGAGUAAAAGGGAUGAAUAUGACAGAUUUGGAAAUGACAGAAUGAGACAGACAGGUAAAUCUGCAAUGAUAUUUGUAUGAUUCAAACACACCUAAAGUGCGAUGGCUAUAUGUUAGGGUACAAUGUUAUGUUUGUUUUGUUAUGUUUACCUUCAUCUAACCUUUGUGCCUUUUCUUUCCUAUCUUGCUCUCCACCAUUGUCAUACUGAUAAUUUAAUGCUCCAGGUUCCUCCACUUCAGACUUUUCAUCAGAUUUCCCAGGAUUUAAUUUCACAUUCCGCAGCCCAGACGAGGUGUUCAGGGAGUUUUUCGCUGGCCAGGACCCCUUCACUGGCUUCUUUGGUAAGUGACACAGUGUUUAUGCCCUGUUUAAUAGUAACAGCGCAUAUUAGUAAUUUGAUAUACUGUAUAACCAGUUAAAGUUUAGAGUGUCUUGCUUUGCUUGUUGACAUAAAAAGAAAAAUAUAACUUUGCAUAUUAUCCAGCAGUACAAUAAUAUUCUUUUUGUUUUUCAGAUGACUUUUCAUCUUUUGGGAGCUCGUCUACUCGCAUGGGCCCCAGCCGGUUCUUCUCCUUUCCUUCAGCAGGAGGUUAGCAGUUAUACAGAUUCAUAGAUAAAGUGCAUGGUAAAUUCAGUGUCAUGUUUGGGGGUGAUAUUAGUAACCCAUCAUGAACUAUUAUAUUGUGACUACCGUGUUAUAAAUCAAAGGACACUUUCAUUAGACAUUUUUAUGACAAACUGAUGAUUCAUGACAAAUAAUCUCUCUCUUCUCUUCUGUUCUCUCUUCCUGAUCAUCAUCCCUUCUACAGUUGAUUUUACCUCCUUCUCCUCUUCCAUGGGUGGUUUUGAUGGCAUGGACUGCAUGGGUGGAGGGACGGGCAACUUCAAAUCAGUAUCUACCUCCACUCGCAUUGUAAAUGGCAAACGCACCACAACAAAGAAGUAUGUAAUGCCGCCUUUGGAAAAGUUGCUUGUACAGGGAUGUAUAGUUGUUGUUUUUUUUUUCAAAUGUGAUGGGAAUUUUUGUCUGCCUGGUCCAGACCUCUAAUCUGUAAACUCAAUUGAGCUCAUUGUUGAUAAGAAAGUUCAUAAUCCAACUUUCUCUUCCAACUUGGACUUAUGGGCAUAGAGCAAUGCAAUAACUGUCGACAGGUAAAACAGUAGCGCACCAAAUCAUGUCAAAAUGUCAUUAUUGUAUUGUUGUAUUUUCAUACGGUCUUGCAGCAUAGUACUGUAGUUUUGAGUUUUGGAAUAUUAUCUCAUGCCUGUUGUUAUUGUUCAUGAUGCCGGAGACUUUAGCUAAAGGACAAAUCAUCCAGAGAGGAAUAUAAUUUCCUCUGGUAUAAUUUAGUAAUUUAUCUCAGUGCAACUGCAUAUUAUUUUGUAUACUUUUGGGAGUUUUUUGUCUUUACUUAACAGGGUGGUUUGAUAAAGAAAAGGUUGAAAUGCAGAAAAAUACUGUCAAGACCAGGAAUUGAGAGUACAGCUAGUGCAAUGAGGCUAAACCAGCUCCCUAAUGCAGCUAAAUGUCUAUACUUAAUUUCGUUUGUAGGGUUUUAUGAUAAACUUCACUACUUUCUUGCUGUCUUGCUUUUAGGAUAAAAGAGAACGGACAGGAAAGAGUAGAAAUUGAAGAGGACGGGGUUUUGAAGAGUAUCUUAAUUAAUGGUAAGACCUCAUGUUCUGGUGAUUCAAAUGUAUGAGAAUUUUCUCUGUUUUCUCUCUUAAAACUCCAUUUUCCAGCUGUUAAAGGGAUGUUUUGGCGUAAAAUUAAGUGAGGGCCAAACACACCGUAACAUUGCGUUAGACACCCUGUCCGGAGAUGAAUGUUGCUGACUGCUUGCUUCUCUAGUUGUACCUACUCUUGUAACGACCACAUGAUAGCAAUACAGAAAGCCACGCGCUCAACCAAAACACCACUCUAUAGCCACAAAUAAUGCUCAGAACAGCACCUAACUUCAUCAACAGUACAUAUAGGGUCCCAGCCAUAGUACUAACCACCAAAUAUCUUUUUAGAGUUGCCUGAUUUCUUUAGCAAAGAGACUAAACACAACUCACCUUUCAGCAGCCACUCAUUUGUAGCGAGACCUCGGGCCAGUCCAUUAAGGACUACAGCGCGGUGAUGCAGCUCACGGAAGAACAUUUAAGAUCAUUUCUUUAUCAGUUGUUGUUGCAGAGUUGUGUUUAGUCUCUUUGCUAAAGAAAUCAGGCAAAGCUAAAAAGAUGUUUGGUGGCUAGUACUAUGGCUGGGACCCUAUAUGUACUGUUGAUGAAGUUAGGUGCUGCUCUGAGCACUAUUUGUGUCUAUAGAGUGGUGUUUUGGUUGAGGUUUGUGUGUGGCUCCUUAGACUGCUGUGUAUUGCGAUCGUGUGGUGGUUACUAAAGUUGGUAUAACUACAGAAGCAAGCGGUCAGAAAACAUUCAUCUCCCGAGAGGGUGUCUAUCUCGGUAUUGGUGUGUUUGACCCUAAAUUAAAUUUACGCCGGAAUAUCCCUUUAAGGCUCAGGGUUUGACAAAGACAGGGGCUAAAUUGGCUCCAUUAGAAAAGUUUACAAACUUUACAAUGAAGAUUCAAGUUAAUUGAAGAUAUUGGCUCUGAAGCUAUAACUGCAGGAAAUUACAGAUUGUCUUUUCCUCUUCAGCUGCUCACAUUUGUAUGUGUGAGUACUUGUUACUUCAGACUUCCUAUAGAUAGUAAUGUUCUUAUGUGUCCUAUCCCCAGGUGUGGAGGAUGAAAUGGCCCUGGCACUCGAGUUAAGCCGACGAGAGGGUCAGCCUGGUCACUCGCCCCAGCAGCCAAAAAUCCAAAACAGAUCAUCGGCCGACACACACACUACGUCUACACACCGCUCAUUUAGCUCUGCCCCUUUCUACAACUACGGGGCUGAGACCAUCAGCGAUGAUGACGAAGAUGACGAAGAGCUGCAGAUGGCUCUGGCAUGCAGCCUGUCAGAAAUGGAAGCCGAGCAGAGAGCAGCUGUUACCGACAUCAUAUCAGGUGCUGUGCGUGCGGGCAAAGCUAUGGCCGCCAAAGGUGGUGGCCAACAGAAACAAACGUUUGUUAAGACGACAACUGUUAAUGCAGAUGGUAGUAAACACACAGUUUCAGGGGAGGUCGAUGAGAAGGGGCAGUUUAAAAUGGGUUCAGGACCUGAAAGUGGGUGGGAAAGUGGGGGAAAGGAAAGCAAGGAGUCAGACUCUUCUUCAGAGUGUACCACUACAGCCAGCAGUACACCACAGAGCCACAAUAGCCAGCAGUACACUACAGAACCAAAGCAUGCACAGGAGUCUGAGCAGGCCACAAAAACCAGUGAUGAGGGUGCGAAAAAGAAAAAUAAGUGUGGGUGUAUUGUGAGCUAAUUUGGUGAGUGUGCCUUAUUCUUAUACUUACCUCAGUGUUGUGCCUACAGCCAGACUCUAACAUAAUGUGAUUUAUAGAAGGCAGUGCCUCAGCUGUCUCAAAGCUUUCAUGCAGUUUGAACACCUUGAAACAGAUGAGUCACUUUUGACGGGUUUUAGUGUUUUGCUGUGAUUCUUCAAUCCAGAUGUGUCCAUGUAACUUUCCUAUCAAUUGUUUUUUUUUUUCCACUUGCCAAAUCAUUAUAUAAAUGAGGUUAAAGGUCAAGGUUAACUUAACGUUAAGUCUAAAGGUGCAGCUUAAGGCCUUAGUCAAUGGUGAGUUCACAAAACACAGGAGUGAAGAAGAAUGCCGCUGAGCUUUAUUCACAGAGAUUUAAAGAGUGAGAUUUAGAGACAUGGUACUAUAAGAGUGUAUUGUGUGUGUGUGUGUGUGUGUGUGUGUGUGUGAGUGUACUGUGUGUGGCAUAUUUUACUGUUUACAUUAGUGCAAAGGUCAGUUGUGACCCUGCCAGAGAAUUUUCCUGAUCAGACUCUCUGGCAAAGGUGAUACAGAGAAAAUGCGUCACCCUCAGCCCGCUGUUGAAUAAUAGAUUCAAAUGUUAAAGAAGAAGGCCACAGAGCUGUCUUUGUGUAUUAAAAACAGCCCGAUUAAUCGUGAUCUGUUUACUGAUUAAAUGGCUCCUUUCAGGACUGUGUUGAACAAAAAGCAGCUGAAGCGUAAACACAGUUGUCAUGUAAAUACAAGCAGGCCUUCUCUACUUUGUUGGAACGGUUAAAAAUUCGUAACAUAGUUUUAACAGAUGCACUUAUGUAUGAUUAAUGCAAAUAAACCUUCAAUCCUUAACGCACUUUUACAAAAAUAAUACUCAUGUCUGGUCAGACUGUAAAUGGUAGGUCAGAGUUUGGGUUCACGCUAUGCAGAUAGAAGGCCAUGUGCCAUAAAGUAUGUGGCCCACAUUAUAAUUGAUUGUUAAAAUUAGCUCAAUAUAAUCAUGAUUGUUUUUUUUUUUUUAAAGUAUAUUUUGAUGAGUAUCUACGUUCAUAAUAUUUCAAUUGUGCAAAGAUGUCAAAUAUAUUUCAGUCAGAUCAAAUCUCUCUCCCUGAAAGAGGGAACAGGGUUUCUCUGGUUUGGGAUUUUCCAUUUUUAUCUGCACUAGCAUUCAAGAGAGCACGGUACAGAUCUUCAGCAGUGAUCAGAAAUGUCAUUUGAAUGGAAGAUACAGUAGCUUUAUUUUGCAUCUAUCUACUCUCCCAUUUUGAAACCAUAACAAAUGUUGUCAUAUGCAUAGUUUUGCGUACUCACCUCAUACAGGCUGUUUUGUCAAAUGAGCAAAUUAGCUGGCAUUCAUCUUGGGGCCAAGCUGGCACAAUGGCACAAGCUCGUAAUGUUUUAGCCAUCAUUCUCUCUACACACCUCACAUUCAGUGUGAGGUGCUACUAACUGCUUUGAAUGUGAUUACUGUUUGUGUGAAAUAUGGUGCAAAAUAACAGACCCUGCUGUUUGUUCAAAAACAUGAAAAAAAACCCCACUGUCACUACUGUUUACUAACGAGCUGUACACUAAUGUAACUUAUAACUGGCAGUGUUUGUUCCUGCAGCCUUUUUUUACACUGCUCCUAGAGUACAAUCAAUGUGUUUGGUUGUCGUUUUGUACAUUUCAAGAGUGCCUCGUUGAUUUUUCAUUGCAAUAGCUUUGCUUUCAGGGACAAAUUUAAUCUCUGGCAAAAAACAAAAACAAAAACAAGCACAGUUUUGAAAAAAUACCACCAGUAAGAAGAAAUUAGAGAGUAUGGACAUAGUUCACUCCUCACAAGAGGCAGAUGGUUCCUCUCAUAAAUAACUAGCCUGUAUUAUUUGUAUUUCAUUGAACUGCUAUGUUUUUUUUUCCAGAUUGUUCAAAAGCAAAUAAAGACUGAGAUUAAUAGCAGUGAUACAUGGAUGUUGUAUUUUUUAAGAGUAUAGCAGCCUUACCUGUGCACUUUACAAUCCAGUGGUUGCUGGUCUCAACUUAAAAAAUGUAUUGCAAAGAUAUGAAUUCUUAUUUAUAUUAUUUUCAAAUUAUGAGAAAACAUGUUAGUUUUGAAACCUAAAAUGUAACAAUGCACAUAACUGACCGUCAUUUGUAGCACUGAUCUCUCGUUAUCUUGUCUCACAUUUCUCGCUUCCUGUUUCAGACUCAGACUUCGAGGCCUUCACAAGCUAACCCGAUUGGCUCAUGCUGCUCUGUGCCCAAGCCUGAGGUAAAGCCAGAGUGUGAACCUGAAACACCCUGAUUGUUUUCCAGUUAUUCCUUCUCCUGCCCCAUUUGCCAGAAAUACUCAAACUUCCAUCUUCCUAAGUAGUUACACUGAUAACAGGUAAUGCCUUUAAUAUUGUUAAUAUAACUUGUAAUUCUACAUCUAUUUUUACAGGUUAAAGGUCAAUUCCCACGAUGCACUUGUCUCUUUCUGCACAUCGAGGCUCCUACUGACUGACUGACACUUUAAAAAAGAUUGUUUAAUAGGAUAUGUGUAUAUUUUGUGUAUUUGUGUAAGUGUGUCAUGGCUCAUUGGGGUGAAAGACUGGAAAAUGGAGGACCUGGUUCUCAUCAUCUCUGCAUUAACUUAAACUGUUGUAGCUGAAAAUAUAUUUUGCUUGCACAUUGAAACAGUUGAACGAGGCAAAAUGCCCCUCAAGUUACAAAGCAGAGAAAAUAAAGCUUUUUCUGCUGCGUAUUCUGUGUUUGCUGUUAGUUUAUCUUGAAGUAGAUUAGUCUGGCUUGGUACCAGAUUACUGAGGGUAAAACACCUGGAAGGAAUUUCUUGUGAUAGGAAGUAAAACAAUUUAAUAGAAUUAUUAUUGGAUGUUCUGACCACAUGCUGCAGGUUGCGCUGUCAAAAAAAAAAAUUAGACUACAAAUGGAUUUCAACCCCCCCAAAAAAGCAUUUCUUUCAAACAAUAGAGCUGAAAACAAACACUCAAGUCUUUUGUGCUGCAUCACAUCACAAAUUUAUUCAAGUCAAAAAUACAUUUUUAUAGAUAUUUUCUAUCUGUCUGCUACAUGGAAUAAUCACAAUCAUCAAGUUGAAUAUUUACAUAAAUCACAAGGUCGUACACAAAAAGACAAUAAAGGAACCAAGAGAGACGGAGAGGGAUGGUGUGUAACUGUGUGGUCAGUGAACAGUGUCCACAAAGGGCCAGUAUCUGAGGCAAACAAUCGUGUUGUCAAGGCAUGGACGAACAAAACCUGACAGAAAUCAACACAGAACUCUGGCGGACUUGAACCAGCACACUCAAGAGGGAGAAAACAAAGCAAUACCCGGACCUCAGCCGUCACAGAAACUUCAACAUUAUUCAACUUCAGCACAACAGAGAAAUGCCAAACUGCCAAUCAUCCUUCAUGGUGAUUGAUCAUCAUCGUAUCAUGUCUAGCCAAAGAGUCUUAAUCUUAAUUUGUUAUUAUAGGCACUGCAUUUGCAAAUUUAAACUCUUUGAAUCAGGUGAGAUGUUGUAUGAAGAAGGGUCAAAAAUAUAAGUUUUGGUUUGGUUUUAAAACCCAGAGAAUGAAGUUGGUCAAAUACUGCAUGCUGAUAUCAAGGGCAGUAGCAGCUCCAGAUGUGUUGGAGCAAAUUCUUAUUUACAGUGACAUGACCAGACGGACAUAGCUGGUUUGACUGAACGUGUCUUCAUGAGUAUUUGUCUCUGUGCGUAUCCUCACUGUGGCAGGGCUUUCAAGAUGGCGUUCACCUCCUCUGCUACUGCUGUCAGCGCAAACUCAAACUGAUCCUAGUGUGAAAGAUAGAGAGAAAAGGGAAAGGAGAAGAUGUAGGGGGAGUUGGUUAGUGUGUUGGAUUUAGGUGCUUAAACAUUGCACACACACACACACACACACACACACACACACACACACACACACACACACACACACACACACACACACAGUUUAACCGUACUUUUGUGCGAACCAAGCCUGGCCUCUGGUCCCUGAUGUGUUCCAGUGACGCAGCAAUGUCAAUCUCUUUCACUCCUAAUAACAACAGGAACAGCAAAAGCAACAGUUAGGAGCUACUGUUCUGGCUUUGCAGACAAAUAUAUAUGGCAUUUCAGUUUAGCAAUACAUUAUGUAAUUCCAGCAAUCUAGCCUUAAUAAGUCACUCAGUUUGGAAUAAUUUGAAACUUAAGCAUGCAUUAUGCAGCUAUACUGAAACUACAGUGCCAUCUGCUGUCCACAAUAGUAGCACACCAUAAACCACUAGGCCAAGAACCACUUGACAGCUUAACGGAGUGUAGCACUGAAGGGCUUUUCAAAACUUAAAAUAUAUGUGCUACUGUUGAGUGAAAAUGUUGAGUCUAAUGUUAAAUACUUUGUCGCAUCUGUGUACUGAUAUGAGAGACUCACCCUUGGCCAUGCGGUUUAGCACCAUGUCUAUGAGGAUGUAGGUGCCAGUCCUCCCGGUGCCGUCACUGUGACAGAGACAAAAAGGAUGUUUGAAAUCAUUCUUUUAAUUUACAUGCCCAUUCAUCACAUUAUGGUAUUUUAAAGGAGACCAGUCAUGAUGGCAUGCAAAGCUUUUUUAUUUUUUAUUCAAAUUUAUGAAAUCCUUUCAACAGUGACAACAUAAUCAUCAUAAUAAACAUCAACACUAAACCUCUGUCCCAAAGUCCCAAACCACAUGAUAUUUGGCUGUUGGCAUAACCACAUAUUCUCUGGGUCUUUUUGACAAGUUGGCUCAGCUGACAUCAGGUUCUGUCUUGUUACGUCCUCCAACGUUAUCCAAUUAGGAUAACGUUGGAGGACAGCAGAGCCUUUUCCCUGGAGGCUCUUUCAGUAACACACCCACCAUGAAGCUUUUAUAAAUGUUCCCUCACCACUUGACCUUUUCCUCCUCUCUGCACUUGGUUGAAUCCAGUAUGUCUUAGAAAGUUACUUGCAAGUAUUUUUUUAAAAUACCAAGAAUUGCCACAACAUAGCUGUUUGUGUGCACCACUUUACUGAUAAUUCCUUGAAAAAGAAAAGGCUGUUGCAAGGCUGGAGAUGUGUCUCAACUGUUAACUGGAACAUGGGGCUGAUCCAUCUACAAAGAUCUUUCAUGUAGGUUCAGGACCACAAGCUUUAAGUAUCAGCAGUUAAUGAAAUGAUGUGUAAUAGGGGGCUAGCAGGGGUGCUUUCCACUUCCACACACAUUUACUCAUCUAAUAUCAGUUUUGAUGUUAUUGUGGUUUCUUUACCUGCAGUGGACGAUGAUUGGGCAGGAUCGACCUCUAUAGCAUUUAUUGACCUUCCUGAAAAACAGAAACAAGGGACAGCAGAGACAGAGAGGAGAGCAAAGAACAGAGGAAAAGCUCUGUUAUAAAUGAAAAAAUCGAUCCUCUCAGUCUUAGUGCUGUUCACAAAUUCAGUGAAUGUUACAGGCAGUGUUGACACAAUUAGUGCAUACAAAUAUGAAUGUCUCAAAUGCAGCACUGAGGAAGAGAACUGUGAAAAAUGUAGGGAGAGUAGAGUAUGAAGUGAAAUAGAGAGGAGAACAUUAGGUAUGGAGAUGAUUUAAGAAAUGGAGAGGUUAGUGAGGGAAAGUGAGAUGGUUAAACAGGAAAGAAAAGGUAAAGAAGAAAGCCACAUAUUCACUGUCCCUCUUGCAGUAGCCAGUCACACCUGCCAAUGCUCAUUUUUGUGACUAUGCAACUGGAGCCAGAGUACUAGCUGCAAACCACAAAAAUGACACUGGGAGAUGUUAAAAUACAAACCUGUCCACCUGCACACUGGGAGAGAGGGAGAGAGAGAGAGCUCAGAUAACGGAUGGAGUCAGCACAGAGGGGGUUUAAUGGAUGAAGACCGACAGGGGGAUAGGUGGACUAAUGAGUCACAGUGGCAUUACACACACCAUCCUUACCACCUGGGAUCUUCUCAUUAAAGUGACUAACUCUAACAGGAAGUAAUGUGUGUAACUGAGAAGUUUAUUACCUGCGGAAGUCAAGCAGUGGUCUUGUGGAGGUGGGAAUGCCGUCAGCUGGCCAGCUCAGCAGGUGAAACUGCGUCAGAGUUCUGGUCUCCUGCGUCUGGACGUUCUUAAGGUAGAAGCUACGCACCAGGAAGUCCUUACACCAGAUAUGCUCAGAGACCAGGUUCACCUGAUGGACGCAGAAACAGGGUGGGGUGGCAGAAGAACCGGAAGAGAGUGGGAAAAAGGGGGGACGAUGAAACUUUGAGGUUUUUAUUUCCAAAUUCCAAAUUUAAAGGGAUCGUAAAAUUAAUUUAGGGUCAAACACACCAUAACAUUGAGUUAGACACCCACUUGAGAGAUGAAUGUUGUCGACCACUUGCUUCUCUAGUUAUACCUACUCUAGUAACGACCGCAGGAUAGCAAUACACAGCGGUCUGAGGAGCCACACACAAACCUUUAACCAAAACACCACUCUAUAGCCACAAAUAAUGCUCAGAACAGCACCCAACUCCAUCAACAGUACAUAUAGGGUCCCAGCCAUAGUACUAACCACCAAACAUCUUUUUAGCUUUGCCUGAUUUCUUUAGCAAAGAGACUAAACACAACUCACCCACUCUCCUCCAGCAGCUGCUUGUUUGUAGCAAGACCUCAGGCCAGUCCAUUACAGACUACAGCGGGGUGACGCAGCUCAAGGAAGAACAUUUAUGAUCAUUUCUUCAUGGAAAUGCAAUCAGACCAAGGGCUCUAUUUUGGUGCCUUGCCGGCGACGUGCCGCAAGCGCAGCGUCAGUCAGAUCCGCCGCGCUGACAAGGCGUUCCCAAGCACAUUUUGGUAUUUUGGUGAGCCGCGCAGCCCGGCGUAAGUAUCCCCCCUCCCUAACUCAGCUCCUCCCAGCACCAUAAGUCGUAGACGGGGAGGAGAAAAGCGUGAAGUGGGUUUAACACAGCCGAGACCUGUUUUCACCAAUCACAUAGGCUCCUCUCCUUGCCUUUAAAUCCGCCACAGGCGAGGCGUAUUACUAUUUUCAUGAAGUAGUCAAAGAGAUCAAGAGACGUCUUAAGACAGUAAUGCCACAAGAUGGCGACAGAGGGCAGCUCCUCAACAAGUGUCCUCCACACUCUCUCAUAUGAGCACAGAUGGAUUUAGUGUGCGUAAUGUUGGACCCAGUGGUAAGACAAACACCCUUUUCCACAAAUAAAGACACUCACAUAAAGUUGCUCAUAUUCAAACCUCACCUGACAAAGGUGGGUUGAGCGCACAGAUCACAACAUAAACUCCAAAAAUGGCAUUAAAAUCUGAACCAUCUGUGCGUAAAUGACGCAUCGCGCUCCGUGGCCUGGCUCUUUCUUUCAUAGAUGUUGGCAUAUAAAAUAAAUUUGGCUCACAAAACUGAAUAUUAUAAUAUCCGUAUGUAGGCUUAAAGUAGAUAACGCAUCUGAGCACUGAAACAAAUCAUCUGUUCAGCUGCAGCAGCAGCAAGACGGACAGAGGACACGGAGACGUGUCCAGGUCGAGCUGUGCGAGAAAUAAGAGGAAGAGGAAGAAAGAAAAGGAGGGAGACGAAUUACAUAUCUUGUUAACUUCAUCAUGUGUGUAUAUUUACUAGAUAUUUAAUUUAAUUUGCUGUGUUGAUUCGGUCAGGUUGUGUGUCCAAACGCGUGCCAAACGCGCUCAUCAGAUCACAUAUAGAUCAGAAUAUAUCGAUAUAGAUCUAAAUGUAUGUGCUGACUCAGAUUAAUAGUUGAUGAUGAUUAUUUAUUGCACUGAAAUGUGCCUGACACUGUGGAAACCUGCCGGUGAGGCAUCAGUGACGUAUGUCGAUACGCCGCCGGUCUACCAAAAUACUUCUAGACCAGCUGCGUUCCGCCUUGCGCUGAAAGCUGACCAGGUUUGAAUCGGCGAGCUUUCAGCGCACUUUACACGCCGUUGGCGAGCACGAAAAUGUCACUGCGCCAGCUGAUUCUGUCGACACCUCCCCCUGCCACACCACCACGCCCAGCUUGGCGCAUCUUGGCUCGCCUCCGUGCGGCUCAUGCCACGAAAAUACCAAAUUGGCCUUACGCUGGGCUCCGCCAGACGAAAAUACAACUGCGCGGGGCUCGCCGCCCUCCGCCGCCUCACCGGCGCGGACGAAAAUAGAGCCCCAAGACGCUAAGGCAGGAGAACUACCACGUCUGCAGUGCAAAAUGAUUAAUAUGGUGAUUAUUACUUCAUGGAAAUGAUAAAGUAAUGAUCAUAAAUGUUUGUGUUUGGCUCCUCAGACCCC